UUGUGUCGAUCACACCACAUUAAAUCACACACAAAAAUACAUUUUGAUGAAUGUACUAUAUAAUUCCUAUGCUCUUUCUCGGCUACCGAGUGAAGUGAACGGAAGAGCGAAAAGCCAACGAUAAAAAGGAAAAAUAGUGUGCAGUACACGUGCCGGGUGGAUUUUUGUCAUUUUUAUAAAUCAUUUUUUUUUGUUUUUAAACACGAACAGAAGAAGAAGAGGGAAAACCACACAGAUAUUUGUUAUAGUCUCUUCGACUGUUAAUCGGCGAAUAUUUGUAUUUAUUGAAUGACAAUUUUGAUUGAUUCAAAGCCGGAAUUAAGAAUGAACAUUGAUUCUAUCUAGAGAUAAAGCGAAAAUAUAAUAAACGGAAAAUUGCCACAUAGUGACAUAAAACGCAUUUGUGCAAUCGAAUCUGAGUUUCCGAAUGCGUUUUCGGCACACAUUGUUGUGUGUGGUGAGAAAAUCGAUUUUUGAAUCGUAAAACGCACGAUAGAACGAAUCGAAACAAAUUUUCGAAACAACGAACAAUAGACGAGAAAGAGACGAAAUUAAAAUAAAAAGAAACGUUUGUCAACAAGACCCGACAAUUGGUCAAGUGGAUAUUAUACUUACAGAGAGCAGAAAGUGUCGUGCGAAUGCACUUGAUUUGUGUCAAAACAUUGAGGUGGCUAGUGCGUAAUUUACAUUGAACAAAUCGGAAAUUAGAUCAAACUAAAAGAGAGCCAAAGAGAAUUAUUUGUGUAGUUUUUUUUUAAUUUUCAUUCGUUAAGUUUUUGUUGUCUUUUGUAUUUGAUUUUCACAUCGGCAAAAAAAAAAGAGAGAACUAAAUGCAUCUAUACACAACUAUGAGUGGUUAUGACUGAAAAGAUAAACUGUAUAUGACAAAACGAAUAAAACUAUGACUAUGUAAUGCACACACAUUGAGUGUAUGAAUCAAAUGUGUUUUGACUGCUCAUUCGCGAAUCGACAACGAUUGUAAAUAAGCUUGAUAAAUCGAACAUGUGAUUUUAGAAUCGGUGGGGUGCGCGUACAUUUUAAACGCAUUUUGUUUCUCCUUUGUUCAUUUAUGGUUUUUUUUUUGAUAUAGUUGCUGUCGCAAUUAUCAAUGGAGUUUUUCAAAGAAUAAACAAUUUGAGAAGUGAAUUUUAUAUUUUGACGCAAGAAAAUCUAUAUUAUUGCAUUUAUUGAUCCUGUUGCACAUAGAAUUUUGAUGAGCAUCAGUGCAAAAACUAUAAAAAAACGAUAUUUUACACAUAAAGAUAUAAAGAUACCAUAGCAAAACAUAAGAUUUAGAAUGUUGUUGUCAAAUCUAAUCGAAUACAUCGUUCAUUCACCAUUUACAUGUGCAUAGACUAUAGUAAAUUGUGUACAAAUGGACACGCGUCACAGAAAUCGGUCGAAAGACAUCGAGUGAUUUUUUUUCUUUUCGCUUUACGUAAAACCGAUAUUUUUUUUUAAAGAAGCAUACCAAAACUUAAACAAAAACAAAACAGCAAACCAAAAUACAUAAGUUAAGUGAGCCGAACCGAAUCAGAAAAGAUAUUAAAAAAAAUAUUAUGUGCACGCGUGUAUCUCUUGGUCUACAAUAUAUAAAUAAGUGAUUGUACAACAAACAAGAGUAAUCAUAAUUACUGGUAUCACCAAGCAGAAAAACGCGAAUAAAAUUUAUUUUAAACAGUAAUAUAUAAGGGAAAACGCGAAAAAAAUACAGUGGUAAAGAAGUGCUCUUGACGCAAAAUAUAACAGCACUUUAACACAACAGAAGCGAAACAUUUUUGACAACAAAACCGGUGCAUAAAGUGUCGAGAAAGGGAAAGAGAAACACAUUACAAUUGUUGAUAUAGAUAUCGAACGAAAGGCAUGUUUACAUGUUGAUUCGAGUUCGAUUUUUUUUCUCUGUUUCUCUUUUUUCACUCUCUCAUUUGCAUUAAACCGUGCUGCUCAAAAAAACAAAUAUUAUACAAUUUGACACAAAGUGAAAACAAUAAACUUAUUCAAAACGAAACAACACACACACAGAGAGAAAAAACCCACUAUACAUCGAAUGCGGAGAGAGCAAGAGAAAUUGGCUGCAGCUUCCAGAGUAAGCGAACGAACUUUUGUGUGUGCAUAAAUUAUUGUCACCCCGUUCAGCUGCCAAGGGACAUACAUUCUUAAGUUGCGACAAAGCAUCCGCAUUGAAACAUUUUUUUUUAUUUAUUUAUUUUCACGUGCGAGUGUCUAUGUCUUUAUCUCAGUGCGUUUUUUGAAAAUGUGUAUAUAUCGUGCCUUCUGUAUAUAGAAACAUCCAAAUCAGUGAAUCGAUCCGGUUUGCAUAAUUUGGGUGUAAUCAAUGUGUGCAAAUUCACCUCAGUGAAUCAAUUUAUUUAUCAAUUAACAUUGAACUGAAAACAAUAAGAAUAUUUUUUACAUAAGACAACCAAAAAUAAUAAAAUCACAUAAAUCCACUCAACUAUCAUUAGAGUACCGAGAUACGCCGAUUGUGAAACGAAUGAGUCAAAAACGUGAAUCGAUUUUGCACUGGAUUAAAUUGAUGAGAAAAUAAGAUAGAAGAAUAAAAACACUGAACAGAAUAUACUUCUACAUCUAUUUUACUGUGUAUUUGCGAUCCAAAACAAACAAGGACUUCAAACAACCCACAGACUAUUUGCAAAUGCGUUCGAAUGAGUUUUGAGUCUACCGAGCAAGAGACCUACUGAAUAUGAGUAAUAUCGCGCAAAGCAUGUGAGAGCCGCUAUUCAGUUUAGAACUGUCAGAGAAUAUAGACAAAAUAACAGACGAAGAAGAAAUUCGGAGAACGAACGAAAAAAUAAAACAGAAUUUUGAACGAGAAAUAGAUUUUCUCUGUGUAUGCAAGGCAUUAGACUGGUCUAUGUUUGCAAGAGUGUGGAAAUACAUAGAAAAGACAACGAACUUUAUCUCACUGACAACUGUUUUUUUUUUGCAUUUUAUUGUCGUUGUUGAGAAAGACAGAGAGACAGCGAGAGAUGAGCGCUUAGUUUGUCGUCUGUGUCGUAUCAUACACCGAAAAAAAUAUCGUGGUGAUACUUGUGUGCAACGAACGAUACACACACUCUGUAACUGUAAAAACUGUGUGUUCGCGUGCGCGCGCGCGCUCGACACUCUAAUCGUCCGUUGAAUCAAUCUAGUUUCGAUUUUGUUUUGUCAUCAGUUGUGUCACAUAUACACACAUUGGGCCCGUGCACUCACAUCGCUCACUCUUUUUGAAAAUUGAAAAAGACCGAAGAAGAACAAUCGUCGAUUUAUGUGAAUAUUCGCGUAAUAAAAAGUUUGUUGAUAUAUUUUUUUUUCGUUUCGAUCUGUUGUUGAAAGGAUUUUGAAUAAGUUUGCGUAGAAACGAUUAUUGUUUGGUGUUUAAUAACCAGGAAAAAAAGAACGAAGAAGAGUCAAACAGACAUUCGUGGAAAGGUGCCACUCGAAUCAAUAUACAUACAAGAUUUGUUCAUUCAUUUAUCAUUUCGAAAUAGUGAUAUGUGGUUUAAGAUGUGUUUAACAAUGUUUAAAAAAGUGAAAAUUAAAACGACAAGAUAAAAUAAAACCACCAACAAAUACAUUCAUGCAAAACAGUUUUUUUUUUUUGUUUCUUACAUCGAUAAUUUCGAGGAGAUCGUUUUUUGUUUUUCGUUUGGUUUGUGCUUCAUUUUGGUGGCGUUCACACGGAGAGUGACAAAGAGAGCGAAAGCGAAACUGCAACAUGUUAAUAAUGAACGCAAUCGAUUCGAAAAGGAUGCACAUUGCGAAUGGUAAAAGGUCAAUCGAUGCACUGAAUGUGAAUGAAACAAUUAGUGAAUAAGAAAUAUAGAGAAAAAAAGACCGCGUGAAUUACAAUUGCUGACAUAUAACUGUUGUGGACCAAUAUUCUUCAUUUGUUUUUCAUUUUGUGUAUUUGAUCAUUUUCAACGCUUAAUUGGAUUGGAUUGUUCACGGGGUAUAUACCACCGAACAAGAGCAUGACAUCGACAAGAAGAUAAAAAAAGAGAUUGAAAAGUGCAACACUUAUCGAAUGAAUAUUUAUAUCACAAGAGUGACGGUAAAAUUACAAAACAAAUAAAAUUUAUAAAAAAAGAGCAUAUUGUUUAUUGCCGUAAAUCGCUGCAUUUCACUUUGCAUUGACAACAACGGAUUUAAAGAUAAGUUAUUACAUACUGUAUAGAGACAAUAAAGUCACGCAUACAGUUUCACUGAGAGAAACUUUUAAACUUUUUUUUUGUGCGAAAACAGAACAGCACAGAGAAAGAGAAGUGGUGUUUAUUUACUGAACUUUUUACUUUGAAGUGCGAACAACCAAACAUGAGGCCUUAUAUAAUAUGACGCACAAUCAUCAAUACGUUUAAGCCAACCAUAAUAAAGCAGACGAAACAAGAACAAAACUAAGAGACCCACAACAAAAGAAAAUCUUUAUCAAUCGGAACAAUUGUUUUACGGGAAAAGAAAGAAUAUACAAUUUGGACGAAGCGAUAAAUAAGAGAGAAAAUAGACUUGCAACACGUACAAUUUCGAUGAACAACAAAAACGAGAAGAAACAACGAUAAUAAAACAGUGCAUGUGUUUUAACAAAAACUAAAAAAUAAAACCAAGUAAAUUUGACCAAAGCCGACACCCAAUUCACGUUAAAACUGUAAAAACGGCAAACCGUUUAAUACUAUUGUUAUUUUGUGUUUGCAUUUAUCGCAUUAUCGUCAUUCGUCGAUUUCGCGAAAACUAAGAAACAACAAGAGAUUUCGCACAAAACACGAACUUCUCACUUAAAAAAAAGAAAAACAUAUAAUUUUUUCUGUGUACACGCGUUAAAUUCAACUGUGGAUUAUAAAUGUAUACCUCAAGGAUGUUUGAUAUGUGGAGCAAUGUUACUUCCAAAUUCGAAGGACAUACAUCGCUACAGACAAAUGUACAAACAAACGGCGGACAAACACAAUCAAGUGGUUCAAUCAAAGCUCAAAUAGAAAUAAUCCCAUGCAAAGUGUGCGGCGAUAAAUCAUCGGGCGUACAUUAUGGAGUGAUAACGUGCGAAGGAUGUAAAGGAUUUUUUCGACGAUCACAGAGCUCGGUGGUGAACUAUCAAUGUCCGCGAAACAAACAAUGUGUGGUGGAUCGAGUAAAUCGAAACCGAUGUCAAUACUGUCGACUGCAAAAGUGCCUCAAAUUAGGAAUGAGUCGUGACGCUGUAAAAUUUGGACGAAUGUCAAAGAAGCAAAGGGAAAAAGUCGAAGACGAAGUGCGGUUUCAUCGAGCACAAAUGCGUGCACAAAAUGAUGCGGAACGACCAGAUAGUUCAGUUUAUGAUACACAGACUCCAUCAAGCAGUGAUCAACUACAUCAUAACUAUAAUGGCUAUUAUUCGAAUGAAGUUGAUAACUAUGGCAGUCCAUACGGUUAUUCGCAGUCGGUAGCCACACCACAAACAAUUGGAUAUGAUAUUUCAGCUGAUUUUGUUGACAGUACAACCGCCUACGAACCAAGAAAUAACACAAUCAUCGAUGCUGAUUUCAUAGGAAUGCACACAGGUAGUACAAUGAGACGUGGAACACCAUCCGAUUGUCAUACCGAUUCGAAUACAAGCACAACCGGUGGUAAUAAUCAAAUUCAAGCUCAACAACAAACACAGCAACCAUCACAGCCACCGGCCCAACAAACACAAUCGCAACAACAGCCAACGCAACAGCAACAACAGCAGCAGCAGCAACAACCACAGCCAGCUAACACACAAAUCACCACGCAUCCGUCUUAUGGUGAAGAUGAUAGCUCCUGUGAUUCACACUUUUUAGCUGAAGGUAAUAUCAACGAUGUUUUAAUCAAAACUCUGGCCGAAGCACACGCAAGAACGAAUCCAAAAUUGGAAUACGUACAUGAAAUGUUCAGAAAGCCACAGGAUCUAUCUCAAAUUUUUCAUUACAAGAAUCUGGGCCAAGAACCAUUAUGGCUAGACUGUGCUGAAAAACUAACGACAAUGAUACAAAAUAUCAUUGAAUUUGCUAAACUAAUACCCGGAUUUAUGCGAUUGAGUCAAGAUGAUCAGAUUUUGCUGCUGAAAACCGGCUCAUUUGAAUUGGCAAUUGUUCGAAUGUCUCGAUUAAUGGAUCUCUCGCAAAAUGUCGUUUUAUACGGUGAUGUAUUAUUGCCGCAAGAAGCAUUCUAUACAUCAGACUGUUCGGAAAUGAAAUUAGUUGCAUACAUUUUUGAGACUGCUAAAAGUAUUGCUGAGCUUAAACUAACUGAAACUGAAUUGGCAUUGUAUCAAAGUUUGGUGCUAUUAUGGCCAGAACGGAAUAGUGUUCGUGGCAAUACGGAAAUUCAAAGACUUUUCAAUAUGAGUAUGUCGGCAAUAAAACAAGAAAUCGAAGCAAAUCAUGCACCAAUCAAAGGGGAUGUCACUGUGCUUGAUGCACUCCUCAAUAAAAUUCCAACGUUCCGUGAGCUGUCGUUGAUGCAUAUGGAAGCCUUAAACAAAUUCAAAAUGGAGCAUCCGCAUUGUGUGUUUCCGGCUCUGUACAAGGAACUGUUUUCGAUUGAUUCACAACAGGAUCUGACAUAACAAGACGAUAAUGAAACGCAAUCGCAUUCGCCGCCUCAGCACGAGUAAUGAGAGAGAGAGAGAGACAGAGAAAAAUAUAUGCAACAAUCGUCUCUCUCUGUCUUCAGUUUAACAACAGCAACAAAAAAUAACACACAAUAAGAUACACACAUACACGACUCACACAUUUUCAGUCUAUCGUCAAAUCGGUUUUGAUAUCCUCAUCGAAACAACAUUCUAUUUGAACAAAAAAAAAUGCGAAAAAUCACAAAAAAAAAAUCGUAAAAAAAAGAUUUAUCAUUUAACAUCCCCUUGUAAAAUGUAUCGCUAAAAUAAAAAAAGAACAUCAACAGCAGCAGCAAUAUGAGCAUAAUUCAAUCUGUACUGCGUCUUGACCAAUAUUUAACGAAUACAAAUAGCAUUGCGGCGCUUCAAUAAAAUCGAUUUUCUUUGAAAAUGUAUAUAAAAAAGAUGAAGAUAUCCAACUGGCAUGAUCGCCAUUGAAUCAUUUUCAUUAAAUCAAUAAUUGCACACGGUUACUUUUCUGGUUUUUGAAGAUCGUUCUUGAUUUGAAGAUCGAAAUAGCAUGACUGUGAAUGAUUCUGUUAAUUUAUAUUUUAUGCAUAGACAGAAGAAAAUCAAAAAAAAAAACAAAUUUGUUUGUUAUGACUUUUUAAAUUAUUAUGGAGUGUUAUACAUAUAUAUAAUUUUCUUUUUCCUUAUUAAAUUGUACCAUUUUAAUGUCGUUAUUUUAAUUUUCUGUUUAAAUUCCAAUGCAAACGAUAGUCAAAUGUGAUGAUCUUUGUUUGUUGGAUGAAAUGCCGAAGAACAUGCAUAAAUCUCACUGUCUUUCUCUAUGUAUAUAAAUUAGAUUUCAAGAUCUGGUUUCUCAUUUUGCACAAUUCUUCAUUGCCUUGCUGUGAGCUUCAGUGUGGUGUUUUAGUUUUGAGUGCGCUGAGAUUUUUUUUUAUAAAUGAACAAAAUAAAAACGAAAAACAAGAAUUAUGUUUUAGUGAUCAUACAUGCAUUUUGCCCACAUACCUAUUUACUGAAAUCAAUUGUGCAAUAUAUUUUGAAAUCAAUCCAUGAAUUAUAUAUCAUAUAUGUGGAUAUGAGGUGUUUUCAAUCCUCAUGCGUGUCAAUCACGUUAGCAUUAUCUAUCAAUUUUAUUUGUUUGUUACGUUAUUUAAAACGAAGAAAAUGUGGGAUGAUCAAAUCAUCCAUUUCGAAAUAAUUCGCAUAAAAUGCGAUAGUAGAAAAGUAAAUAAUGAAGAAAAGAAGCCCAAUGUGCAAGAAAACAAUUUUGAUUAAUGAAAAUGUUCGCAGUCGGGUCAUUUUACACGGGAAUUCGUUUUAGAAAAAUGAUGAAUUUCAAUAUGUGAUCCGUAAACACUCUGACUGAAAAUGGCGAUUCAUUCACCAUCACCAGAUAUGCGAUACCAAAAUAUUUAAAUCGAUUUGUUGCAACAUAAAUCCAAGCUUCGUUUGAAUAAAAAAAUAUAUAUGAUUGAACAGUGUUAAUAACUAAAAAAAAAUAUAAAAUGCUAUUUGUUAUCAUAGUGUAAAUGAAAGAAGCAACACAGAAAUUCAGCCGAUGAAAUAAAAAUUAAACAGAAAAAAAAACAUUUAACAUUAACUUAUAUAAAGAUAAGUGAAGCGGAGAAUGUAAUGAAAAUAAUUUUGAGAUGUGAACUAUGUGACGAGGCAGAAACAUGAAGAAAAAAAAAAUGAUAGAAAGGAGUAAAGAAAAAAGAAGUAAUUUAAUAUAUUAUUAAUACUGAUAAUUAUACACUAAAUAUGAAUUAUAUACACACACAAACACACACACAUACAAGAAAGAGAAGAAAAAUACACAUAAAAUUAUUUACUGUUAUGUUUAAAAUUUAUAUGAAUUUAUAAAAAAAUGAUGAGAAGAAAAAAAACAUACAAGAGAAUAACACUUAGUGACAAAAGAGAUGGACAGGAAAAGAAUAGCGAAAACAUAGAAUCCCAUAGACGAAUAUAAUACAGGAAGCGCGCUUACAACACACACAUACACACAUACACAAACUCUCAUUUAUUUGAAGAAAAAAAAAACUUUUCUUUUUUUUAAAUAUAGUUUUCACGAAAACACCCAGUAUCGAACGUCUAAAUUUUUCUGUUUUGCCACCGUGUUACACAAACACACACUCUCUCUUCUCUCGUCUCAUUAACAUCUAUUUCCUUGAAAUAUUUUUUUUCGAAAUCAAUGUUUUUCUUUAAAAGAGGAGAAUGGGAUAAUUGCAAUAACUGCGACUAUUUUCUUUUUUAAGUGACCAGAUACACUUUUUUUUAAUUUUCAUUGAAACCCACUAUAAUCGUUCCAUAAAAAAAUGUUAUUUUUGCAAUUCUGGACGAUAACUCGCAUAUGGGCGGAAAACGCCACGCCAAAAUAAGCAUUAAAUUAAUUUUGUAUUUAAUUGAAGUAUCAAGAAAAUCAUCGUUUCAUACAUUUUUUACUAUACAUCCCAAACCAUGGUUUAAAACCAUCCUCGAUCAACAUUUCUCCAUUGCGUUCAUAAUUCGUUCAAUGAAAAAUCGAUUUCAGAUCAAAAUACAUCAAUCACUUUUCAACUGAAAUAUCAUUGCGAAUAUCGGCACCUUUUAUGAAUAUGAUAAAGUUUUCGAUAACUAACAAAUAUUUUCGUGAUUGUUUGCGUAAAACUUUCUAUAUGUUUCGAUUCGUUCAUUUUUUUUAUGUAGACAUAUAUAAAACUAAUUUAAAAAAAAAAUUAUUAUCAUAAGACGAUUAUCUCGUCUGAUGGGAUAUAUGCGAUGAGCAAAACAGAAGAGAGUAAGUUUAACGUAAAAAAAAUAACGACAGAAAUAUGAAAUAAAUAAUAGACAAAUAUCUCUUACACCAUUACGUGUAUUCCGAGAGUUGAUUGGAAACGAUUCGAGAAAAAAAGAAACAAAUAAACCAAAUUCUCUACAUUUGGAAUAUUGAAUAUGAGUCUGUACAUUUUGUGUAUUAUACCAAAAAAGAGGAGAAAUUGUACAUUUUUUCACAAAUAUAAUUUAUCAAAUGUUUAGAUGAUCAUUCAAAUGCUAUAAGGUAGAAAAAGUUGUGAAGUUUUUUUUUCAUCUCGAAUGUACAAAGAUGAGACUAUAUCAACUUCGGCAUAACACACACACACAUACACUGAAAACAAUAAUUUCAAUAAAAAGUAAAGAAGGACAACAGACAACGUAAUAUUACGAUUAUUAUUUUUCAAAAUAUAGGCGUUAAAAGUAGUUUUUUUUUUUUUUUUUUCUCUCGAUAAGGCGCAAUAAACAGACGUGUUAAAUUAUAUCGCUCUCAUCUCACAUAUUGACAAUACAACCAAAUCGCCGAACGUGUUUAAUAGAAUUGAAACAUUGAAGAAUUCAUCAAUUGCCAAUUUAAAAUAAUACAAAAAAAAAUUCGGUCAAUAGUCUGUUAAGCAUGAUCGUGUUUUAUGGUUGUGUGCACCCGUCAAUUGCGAGAUGACGUUAAUUUCAAUCAAACAUAACAAUGAAUUAACAACAAAACAUAUUAUUAUUAUUAUCAUUAUUAUUAUUAUGGUUAUUAUUAUUAUUCUAAUUAUGAUUACUGCUACGAAUAAUGAAUAUGUGAACACAUGCAAAACAAAUUGCAAAUGAAAAGUGCAACGCAGAAAAACGAAAGGACAAAAAAAAACAGAAUUGACGAGAGGAAAUAGAGAAAGAGAGAGAGAGAGAGAGAGAGAGAGAGAGAAUGGCAGUUAUUGGAUGUUCGAUUUGCGUUGGAUUGUUCAAAAUUUGUAUCACAGUUUCAUACACAUACAGAUUUAAAUAAAUAGAGAAAAAAAUGUGCUGAACACUUCCGAGCUAAAUAGAGAAAGUGUGACGUAUUUUUUCUUUCCACAAGCAACUCGAAAAUCAAAUACAACCGACAAAAGACUAAAAACAUUUUUUUUACUUGAUUGUUAGUCAAUCCAAUAGAGAGUAGAAGUAAUUGAUUGAUUUUUUUUCAGCAGCUAAUUCAAUAUACAUUAAAAUACACACAUGUCAUUAAGAAUCAUUUUUGUCGUCUCAUGUCAUAUGUCAUUAUUUCUUUCCCUAUCGUAUUUCUUUCUGCAUUGCCACUUAUUCUCUCACUUUUUUUAAAUGUGCAAAUCAUUUCUCUUAUUUAGUUCCCUUUUUUUGUAUAAAUAUAGUUGAAUAAUAUAAAUAAAUGAACAGAAUGAAAAGAUACACAAGUAAAUCAUAAAUAUUUAAUAACAAAACAUAUGGAACUGUUAUUCACUUUGUAAAUUCUCUAAAAGUUUAAAACAAAUCAAUCAACUGUUUUUAGUUUAAUUGAAUUUAAAUGAAAAAUACAUGAAAACAAACAUAAAUAGCAAAUUUUUUUGCAUAUUCUAUUGUAAAGUUGUUAAAAACUGCUAUAAAAACACAAGACGAAGAGAAAAAUGGAAUGAUAAUAAACAUUGGUUUGCAUGGAUUUCACCACACAUUUAGACACACACACACAAAGAAAUAUAUUAUUAUUAUUACAAGAGAAAAUGGAUCGAUAUAGAAAUAUCAAAUAUCAAACGAAAAUUCACGUAUACAAUUUAAUGAAAAGGAGAAUGACAAGAUGGAACAUGCAGCGCCCAAGAAAGAACGAAACAUAUAAACCGAUCAGAUGAAAGUGUGAAUGGAAUACACAAUGGCCCCACAUAUUAUACACAUUUAUUUCUUUAGUUAAAUUAAUAAUGGAAUAACAUUUAACAAGAUGAAUAUUCGUUUAAGGUAUAUAAUUAAAGGAGUAUAUAAGGAAUAAAUCGUAAUCAAAUUCACACCUCUCACCACAGACACAACACAGAUUACACACAUCAACAGUGGCGCGCUUGCAAGAGAGAGAAAAGUAAUGUAAGUCGAUCGACAGAAAUCUUUAUGAUAGCUCAACCGAGAGAAAUUCAUGUGUGUUUUUUUUUAAAUACAAAAUGACAAACAUAAAAGUGCAUCCAUUCAAUUAUGUUCGAAAUAUUUCAAUAAGCCAAUGCAAGAAAAACAAUGUACUCGUUCACAUUGCAUAACAAGUGUUCAUUUUAUUAUUGUUAUUGCUUUUAAAUAGCUUUUGUGGAACACUCCCAUUCGAAAAUAUCGGGUUCCACCACGAUAAAAUUUUAUAAAGAAAUUUUUAAAAAAUCAAUUUUGUUGAAUGAGCCACGAAAUCUAUAACAACGAUGCGCAUACGUUGCGCCAGUGAAUCAUAAGAGUUUCGGUAACGAAAUACCAUAACAUCACAUAUCCUAUGCAGACACGCAUAGCAAUAGAUGCCACGUAUAGUUGUCCUGCAACAUCUAUGCUGCAUUGUUAUUUCAAUACCUAUUGAGCAGAGUGUUGAUCGCAUAAGUUUGAUGUUAUUUCAUUUUCGAAAAAAAUAAAUCGUAUUCUCUCUAAAUCAUCGCCAAAACGAGUUGUCGUUUUUUUUUUUCGGUCCAAUGUUUUUUUAUUUUCUUUAUUUCCAUAGAUGAAUAUAAUUCUAUGUAAAAUGUGAGUGCGAACAAAGUAAGGUGUAACGUAUAUAGGACACAUAAACUGCGAUAGAGAUGACAUGAAAUUCAUGUUUUUGUUUGAAUAAAAAGAAAAUAUAUAUAUAUAUAUAAUUUCACGAGAGUGAGAAAGUUAGUUGUGUGCAUAAAACGUAAAAUGUUUGUUCGUUUUGAUGCACAGACCAGCAAAAUAAAUUUCAAACACACUGCCUUUCGUAUAAAAGAAAAAUUCGUUUGUUUUUGUUUAUUAUUUUCAUUUCUUUCUCUUUCGAUAGGAUUUAUAUAAAUAUAAAUAUAUACUUGAUUUUGUGUAGCUUUAUUUGCGUACUGGUAUCUUUAGAAAAAUGUUAGGCAUAAAAUGUUGAUUCCUCCGUGGAAUUUCUUUUUGUUUUGUUUUCUUUUUGUUUCGAAUUUCUAAGAUGUGGAAAUGAAAUAUUUGAUAGAUUUAAUGAACGGCCAUUCGUUGACAGCUGCACAUCGUUUGAUCUGAGUGAUCAACGGAAAAAAUGCAUGCGAAUCGAAUAAGUUCAGACAAGUUUAUUUUUCUUUGAAUUUGUCAAAUUGAAUAAUUUUUUCUUUCGUCAAGAAUUUAAAUUGAAAAUGAAGAAGAAGAAGAAGACGUGACAGAGAUAAUGAAAAGAAAAUCACAUAAACAUACACUGGAAAAUAAAACACUGUAAUAUAUUAGAGAGAAAAACAACAAAAAAAUACUUUAUAUCUGUAUAUGUAGAUUUAUUAUUAUGGCUUUAGGAUAAAUUAAUAAGAGAAAUUUAAUGAAAAAAAUAAAAUAAAAUUUUGUGAACAUAUUCACAUACACACAAAACAAACACAUACACACAUUUUGAAAGUGGGCAAACAACAACAAAAAAACAAAAAUGAUGAAAAAAAAAUAAGUAAAUCGUAUUUAGACUAAUUUUAUUUAAUGAAACAAAGCGGUGAAUAGAGAAAAUUAUUAUGCAUGAAUUAAAAUAAAGCGAUAAGAAAAUUUAAAUAAAACAACACAUACACACACGUUAUUUAGUAAUAAUUCUAUUUGCAUCUAAACAUUUAAAAGCAAGAAACACCUAUUUACGAAUGAAAAGGGUUGAAUACACACACAUACACACACACACAUUUCAUCAAUACAAAGAGAGAAAGAUAUAUAGUUAAUGAAUAAAAAUAAAAUAAAAACAAGACAAGAUUUUUCAUCUCCGCUUCUGACACAAAACAAAUGAAAAAAUUUAAUGAGAUGAAACUUUAUAUAUUCAAUGAUAGCGAAACGAGCGAUAAGCAUACGGAAAUAAAGAGAAAAAUGUUGCGAAAAAAAAUUUCAAUAUGAAGAAAAGAAUUAUAAUUAAUUAAUUAUUAGUAAUGACUAUUAUUAGAGAUAUUUAAUCUUAUUGUGUACCUACACGAGAAAUAAACUGCAUACAAAUACACAUUCAUACGUAACAUAACAGACAUAAUAGUUUUCAAAGAAUAGUACAUCUCUCCCUUUUCCUACUCAAUCCCUGACAAAGAAAAUUUGAUCGAAAAAAAAAACACACACACACACAAACAUGUUUUGUUCAAACUCAAAAACACAUACCUACCACAUCCGACAGAUCCCAACCUUUCAACAACAACAAAUCUAUACAUAUUUGCAUAUGGAAAAAUAGAAUUACGAUUGUAUUAAAAACAAAUCAAUUUAUAUAUUAUAAUUUCAUUUCUAUUAUUAAAAGUACACAUUUUUUGUUUGUUUGUUUUCGUUUUUUCUUCUUUUUUUAAAACAAUAUUUAUUCAUUCAAAUUUUUGGUUGCAAGGCAUAUCUCCAAAUCUUCACUGACACAAAAACAAAAAUCCUACAGCGCUGAAUACGGCUUGGACUAAGCUUUGAAACCGUUUUAAUGACCUCCAUUCAUACUUUUGAUGCAUUUUCAAUGUUAAAGUCAAAUCCCAUUAGUUCUUAUAACACUUACUUCAUCAUUUCAGGGUAUUUUAUUCAGAUGAAUAAUGUUUUACAGCCUGUAAAAAUGCAUAAUACAUAACGAUACAAAAAAAAACAAUCAUGCAUUUACUCCAAUCAAUCCGACUGAAGUGUAGCGCCCAAUUUUUUUAAAAUACUCAAUCGACUCCAAAUGCCAUUUAUUAUUUUUUUAUUAUUUUCAUUUUUAAAUCGAUUAUUUUAUCAUCCAUUCAUUCAUGGUGAGUUUUUUUAAACCUACAGCAUUUUUCCUUAACCACGUUGAAAACACCACCCGUUUUCACAUACACAUAAACCCAAAAAUAAUACCGAACGAGACAGAACAUAUACCGAUAAAAUAGAAAACCGAGAACAAAAAAGAAACGCAGUAAAACACACUGAGUAAGUUGCAUUGUAGUUUGUAUGCUCGCAUAUAAUCUGUGUAAGCGAAAUUAAGCUAUUUAAAUGGAGAGAAUGAAAAACAAACGUAGUGAAAAUGACAAAGAGAUAAAAAAAAACACUUAAAUAAUGUUUAAAAAUAAAAAAAUGCCUUAACAAAGUAACUUUAUUUAAAGAGAAGAAAAAAAUGCAACAAAAUAAAACACAAUUUAGCAAAUUUGUAGAGGAUAAACACAUAGUGGAAAUGAUUUAAGUGUAUGUGCGAUUUUAAAUUUAAUAAAUUUAUUAUUCAUUUUCAUCACUUUUGACAGUCAUGUGUCUACCGAUGCAUCCGAACGAUUUUUAAAAUAAAUUAUUAGAAUAAAAAUGCAAACAAAACUAAUGAACGCAUCCAACAGAAAAGAUCAAGAAUUUUUUUUUAUUGUGGGUGUGAUCAUUUUUUUUCUAUUUGUUUUUUUUUUUCGUGAAAAAAAAUAACUUUUUACUACAUCGACUGAAUAUUUGCUUACAAAAUAUGAAUAAAAAUUGUAACAAAACAAACCGAACAAACAAACAAACCAAAUUUAAGGAGAACAUGAACGAAAAUGACUGCUGUAUUGUCUUUUUUACGCUUUGACAAAUGAGAGAUAAAGAGAGCUGAUGCAUUUUUUGCAUCACUUGAAUCACAUGUACUUUAUGAUUUUUAUUUUUAUUCGAUUUUUUUUAAGCAAACAAUGUAAUUGAAUGUGGACAAACAAAAAAAAAUUAUAUGAAAGAAAAUGUUUGUUAAAUAUAUGAAAGACAGAAAUUCUAUUUGUCAGUAUGUCCAUAUUGAACGAAA